ACCGCAUUUCCUAACAGACGGCAACAAUGAACAGCGCGAAUCCCGCUGCCAUGUUCACCAAACGUAACUUGUCAAAAACAAAAAACAACAUCCCAGUUCCCGUCAACAUGGAUGACAACGAACCGUUCGUCGUCGAAGACGUGUCGCAAAUAAUCAAAGACACUUUAGAAGCGGUGCUGAACGGCAGCAUGUACAACGUCGACCGCAUCAAAAUCUGGAGCACCAACAUCUCCGAUCAGUGUCUGAACCAACUGGCCAAACUGAAGAAGAACUUCAAGUACAUCAUCACGUGCAACAUCAUGCAGAAAACCGGAUCCGGCUUGCACACAGCCAGUGCAUGUUUCUGGGACACUUCCACUGAUGGACAGACCACGGUGCGUUGGGAAAACGACUCCAUGUACUGUAUUGUUACCGUGUUUGGUGCUGGUAUAUAAAUUUCUACUAUUGCCUAUUUGUAAGUGUCCGAAAUAUAUUUUUAUUACGAAA